AAUAAAGACCGACAGCUAACAGGAAGUCGCGCUUUUCGAAAGGACGGCCUUUUCGCGUUUAGCAUUCGGGGAGCGAGGGCUGCUGCUGUCGCUGGGAGGAGAACAUGCCCUGUUAUAGGAAGGAAACAUACGAAGUUGCAAAGGGUUAUAUUGACCACUGCAUAGGAGUUCAAAGGGCACCUCCCAGCAAAACAGUCCAAAUAAUGUGCAGCCUUGCUAAAGAAAUGGAGAAGACCUACCAGCACAAGUUGAACUCCUUGCUGCAAAACUUUAUUUCCUGUUGUGCCCCAGAUUAUGGUGUGAAGCUCAAGAGAGUAAUGGAAGAAAUGGUAGGAGAUGGGAUAUUAAACUGGGGCCGUAUUGUUAGCCUCUUCACCUUCACUGGAUUGCUGGCCCAGGAACUCCAUUCGAAAGGCGCUGGCACGGACUGCAGUAACAAGUUGGCGGAUACGAUUGCCGAUUACCUGGGGGUUGAAAAGGCAGAGUGGCUGGCUCAAAAUGGAGGCUGGGAUGGAUUUAGCAAAUAUUUCCAAAACUCCAAGGAUUCCCAUUCAGAUUCUUCCAUGAAGACAGCAUUGUUUGCAGCAGCUGGCUUUGGGAUUGCAGGCCUAGCCAUCCUCCUUGUGCGAUAGACCAGUUACUACUUCUACAUUCCCAUAAAAAAAUAACUAUUUAGACCAUAUAUUUUAAAGUUAAAAAAAAAAAAAAAUAAAAAAAUAUAUAUUUUGUACCUGUUUGUGUUUUUGUUUUCCCCCUCCUUCUUUUUUUCCUUCCCCAACUCCUGCUAAAACCUGUAAGACAGUGUUUGGCAACAAAGGCUAUUAACAAAGACACUCAUUUCAAUAGAAGGGCUUGGAGUUAGAAAGGAGAGCAGAGAAAAAAAAAAAAAA